UUUUAUUCUCCGCUUGUUUGUUACCACCAAUACAUAAUCAUUUUACAUGGACAAAAUGCUCCUCAAGACCACCACUACCGCCGCCGCAACCACUACCGUUACCGCCGCAUCCUCUUCUAUCUUCUCCCUUUCCAAACCCUCUCUUUCUCUAUCUAAACUACCCUUUUUCAAACCACAUAAUUACCCUAAUACCACCAAAAAGUCCUCCACUUUCCUUUCCUCCACAAGGAUGAGCUGGCUCAACAAGCUCGGAUUCAGUACCCGCAAUCCGACCGACUCCCCUGCAGACUCUGCAUCUUCCAUAGCACAAGGACCCGACGAUGAUAUUCCAGCCCCGGGACAAGAGUUCGCGCAAUUCGGUGCAGGUUGUUUCUGGGGAGUGGAAUUGGCUUAUCAGAGAGUCCCGGGUGUUACCAAGACUGAAGUAGGUUAUACUCAGGGGUAUUUGCAUAAUCCCUCUUACGAGGAUGUGUGUUCGGGUACUUCGAACCAUUCGGAGGUGGUUCGGGUUCAGUAUGACCCGAAAGAGUGUAGCUAUGAAACUCUGCUUGAUCUUUUCUGGGCUAGACAUGACCCCACCACCCUCAAUCGCCAGGGAAACGAUGUGGGAACUCAAUACAGAUCUGGAAUUUACUUCUACACUCCUGAGCAAGAGAAGGCAGCUUUAGAAUCCCGGGAUAGACAGCAAAAGCUCUUGAACAGGAAGAUUGUUACUGAGAUUCUGCCAGCCAAGAAAUUUUACAGAGCCGAGGAGUAUCAUCAGCAGUACCUGGCCAAGGGAGGGCGAUUUGGUUUCAGGCAAUCGUCCGAGAAAGGUUGUAAUGAUCCGAUAAGGUGCUACGGCUAAUUUCCUCAAAAGAUAUAUGUGUGUGUGUUAAUACUUAAAUAUGUUUGCAGUCGUGUUCGCAGAAUGAAAAUGUACGGUUUUACUCGAAUACCUUGCUGUUGCAUUAGUGUUUAAUAUAUGUAAAUCCUUUAUACAGAUCCAAUUUGUUCAUCCUUUAUACAGAUCCAAUUUGUUCUUGCAUAUUGACAAGCAAUGAAAUUAUUGCUCUUACUACAAACUUGAUG